AUGUCCCUGAAUUAUGUCCAUAUCCAGGCUCAAUUCUUGUGUCCACCAUUGGGUCCAAUUUUUCCAGCACCGACCAGCCUGAGCGGGUACAACUUUCCAGCAGGUAAUCGCACAAAUCAAUCUCGGCCUCCAGAACGCCAGUUCCCAGCUCAACGAAUCCGCCGUCUCAGUUGGGACUCCUUGAACACAAGCGGAACCCACAACGUCACCGGAGAUACCGAGAUCUCAACCUUUCCGACCCAGUCACGGAAAUACAUUCGGAGGCUGAACAAUCUACCACAAAACAACAACAAUCUCACGACAGUUGACUUGGGUGCCGUCACCAUAGAAGCACUGCCGGCUCAUCUGGGUGGCAUACCGGCAGACCUAACGAACAGUGCACUCUUCUACUUGGCGGAGCUGGGACAAGAGCUUGCCCCCUCUCAAUUGAGCGCAGCCCAGGCGUCUCUUACAUGCGGUGGCUUUGCCGGAAGCACAGGCUGCUCAUGGGAUGUGUAUGCACCAUGGACGACACCGGUUUAUUCGAACGUCGGCUACGCACUCCUAGGCCUUGUCAUUGAGAACGUUAGCGGCAAGACAUACGCUGAUUACCUCCAAGAGAACAUCCUGCACCCAUCAAACAUGAACUGCACCUCUGUUGGUGCCCCUCUGAACUCCAGCAUCGGUUUCAUCCCAGCGGAAACAAAUUGGUGGGGUACGCCCUUCGGCUUCGAAAACAGUUCCGGCGGUAUCUACGCCAGCAACAACGACCUUUCGUCCUUCGGCACAGCACUACUCUCAUCACAACUUCUCACCCCCGCCGCAACACGAACAUGGAUGAAGCCGAAGACAUUCACACCCUCUUCCGGAGUCUCAGUAUGCGAAGAGACUACACCGGGGUUCAUCGCCCUGGUCCCGGACUACGACUUGGUCUUUGCCAUCAAUAUGGCGGGCCCGGAUAAUUCGCUCACGGCGAUACAAAUACUGCUUUCGUCUGUGGCCACAGCUCUUGUGCCGGCUGUCGACGACGUCGCUAAAGCGACAGCUGCUCAGAAGUACUCUGGUACUUAUGUGGCGGCAGGCAUGUCAAGCAUCACGUUCGCCGUUGACGACGGCGGGCUUUUCGUGUCUGCUUUCACGGCUAAUGGCGCGGAUGUUCUUGUCGGGUAUGCUGCGAUGGAGGGAGCGGAUACGGGCAACACUUCGAUUCGUUUGUAUCCGACGGGUUUGUCGUCAGGAAAUGAGUCCGCGUGGCGUGCGGUUUAUAACCCCAAUUCGGCUGAGGAGUUGGCAGACGUUGACGCCCAGCUUUUCUUUCCGCAGGGGAGUUGUCAGAGUUGGUCCGAAAUGGAUCUGACGACAUAUGGUCUACAGGCAUUGGACUACUUUGUGUUUACCGAGCAUGCGAACGACACAGUAACCACGGUGGCGCCGCGAGCUUGGAGGUUGGUCUUGAACAGGGCAGACUGACUUGCCACAAGGCUCACGAGUCUU